AUGUCGGCCUUGCAGACAUUCAUGCUGACGGUGGAUCGCGAUAAGCCAGCUGCCAUUGCAAUCGCCGAACAAACAGCUCAAGAUGUCGAGAACAAGCAAACCACCUUACUCGACGUCGUUCAAUCCCUCGGCGAAUACAUAAACUAUGACGACGCCAUAAUUCGUAGAAAAGCUGUUUCAUAUUUGGCGGCAGUCGUUAAAGCGUUUUCGUCAAAGUUUUUGACGAGACAGCAAAUUCAGGUUUUGACGACGUUCUUUUGUGAUCGGAUUGAGGAUGGCGGGGCUGUUACGGGGCUGGAUACGUUGCAGAGGUUGGAGAGAUUUACGAGGGAUUUUGCGCAGGAGACUGUGCGGGCGAUAUUCGAACACCACAAGGAAUUACAAGCCCGAGCGCAAUCACAGAGAUAUCAGGUAUAUCAGUUGGUCAAUGGAUUGAUGGAGAACCACAGAACAGCUCUUCACGAUCUGGGCGACGAAUCCCUCAUCGGCAUGGUGGAUUUAAUGACCGGCGAGAAAGACCCGCGCAAUCUCAUGCUUGUAUUUUCCAUACUCAACGUGCUGAUGGUUGAAUGGGACAUAACCCAUCAUGUUGAAACGCUUUUCGACUCCGUGUAUAAUUACUUUCCGAUUACUUUCAAGCCUCCCCCAAACGAUCCAUAUGGAAUCACGGCUCAGGAUUUGAAGGACCGUUUGCAAGCUUGUAUAGCAUCGAAUUCAUUGUUUGCGCCUCAUGCUUUCCCAGCGUUGAUUGAUAAACUUGAUUCGACGUCAAACAAUGUCAAGCGAGACUCGUUGAAUGCUUUGGUUGCAUGUAUAGAGUCCUAUGACACCAACACAGUGUCAAGAUAUUCCAUCCAAGUCUGGGACGCCGUCAAAUUUGAGAUCCUAAACGUACAAGAGGAUUUCUUGUCUGAAAUGUCCUUGAGCAUGCUGAAAGUUAUUGUGAAACGACUAUCAGAACACACAGUACAAGUCACUCAAGAUAUGCCCCUUGCCCAUUUUCUCAAACCAAUUAUCACGGAAUGCAACGAACAACUGCGCGAACCUCAAGCCAAACAAGCAAAACCCGCGCGUGAAAUCAUUCGAAAUGUAUCCUCUGCAUCUAUUCCAGCAUUUACCCUCGUCAUACAAUCUGUCGUUGCGCCUCUUUUUACAAUCUACCAAGAAGCAGACUCUAUUGCCAAGCAAAGAGCGUUUUUGGAGACAUAUGUCACAUUGCUGGAUGCUGCGAUUGAUUUGUACGGGACAUGGGCUGACAAGGGUUUCACACAGCAAUUCGAAAAUCCUUUGACAUCUUUCCAGGAUCAAUUCACCGAGGUUUUUAGCCAAGCGUUGAUGGGUUCUGCCAAAGAAGAGAUUUCUUUCCGACAGACCGCAUUGCAAGGUCUUUUGCGCUUGUCGACGCUCCGCAAUUUCUUCCAGGAUAAUGAGAUUGGAUUAUUCGUGCAAUACCUGGAUGAAAUCCUCCUAAAAGAGGAAGUUGUCGGGUCUGGAGUGCUGAAAAAGGACGCCGUCUCCGCGCUGGCAGAACUCUCGCGAUAUAAGUCAAAUAUCAUCAUGGAAAUUACUUUGCCUGCUUUCAUGGCUACUUUGCCUGAUCAAGAUGAUGGCACAGACAUGAAAUAUAUAACCACGUUGGACACAUUAGCCCAGAUCAGCGCGCAAAGAAACAUUUUCGAGACGUUGGUUAGACGUCUGUUGAAUAAACUGGACCUGUUGUUACAAGCGGAUAACUCUCAUCCUCGAUAUGCUAGGAUUAUUUUGUUGACCAUCAUCCAUGCCAUGGAAAAGAAACCAGACGAUGCAAUCCAGACCCUGAGCCUUGAUAGCUAUUACGAUCGCAUUGUCGUCGGACUAUCGAAAAGGGCGGCAUUGGCUUCAACGAAUGACUCCUCGAAAAUACUACGCGAUGUCUCUGUCUUGGAUACAUUGGGACGACUCUGCGCGCUCAUCGUACACUCAAUAUCUCGCGAGAAACAAGACGAAGUAGCCGAAAACAUCUACACCCUUUUUACCAGCCAGUCGGACGCCUUCAAACCCGUCCCAUUCUCACAAACGAACAACCAAAACCAAAAACGCACCAUGAUCCUAUCCACGUAUUUACUUGCCGGUCUACCAAAGGACACCACCAAACUACCCUACACAACCACCAACCCAGCCGACACAAUCACUCUCCUCAAAGAUUUGGUGCAACUCGCCGAAUCCACUGAUGAACCAGCCGUCCAACUCUCCAUCCAUCGCCAGAUUGCCCUAUUCAUCAACAAAUUCCUCCCUGCCUCCGCCCUCCCUCUGGCUGCUGACUUCUUCACCCAAUCCUUUCCCCAGUCUUCCGAGAGCAUAAACACCGGCAUACUUCCCAACCGCAUAAAAACACUCUUCUGGAUCUCUAAGGCCCUCGCCUUGCGCCUCGCGCCAAGUACAUCAUCCAUCCUCUCCCAACUCUUGACACUACUCUCCUCCACCGACCGAGCGACCAGCGAAACAGCCGCAAAGGGCUUUUCUCUAAUCCUCAGCCCCGAUGACGUCCUAUCGACUCAAAACGGCGCUAAUAUUCGCCUAUUAUCAAAACAGCGCGUCUUUGGGAUCGUCGUGCCAAUGAUCAGCUCUCAAUUCCGCGCCCUCCCCACCCCUUCAACCGAAGAUGCUUCACAUAUAAAACCAUCCUACCUAACCGCACUCUCCGGCAUUCUGACCUCCAUACCCCCUUCUCUUGUUCUGCCUGAACUCCCCUCCCUCUUACCCCUUUUGCUACAAUCCCUCGACUUAACCUCAGACGCUGCCACCAGCAUACCCGUGAAACAAGCAACCCUGCACACUUUCUCAGUAUUGAUCCGCGACAACGGCGGCGCAAGCAUCAUCGAUCAGACAGGCCAUGUCUCCGAGCUCGUCAAACGACUGCUCAAAACCGCAUCGCUAGCGACCGCGAAAAGAGAGGGUGUGCCGACGGCGGCAACAGUGCGGGAGGCCGCGUUGCGGUGCUUGUAUCUCCUCCCUACAUCCUCCAACGCAGUGAAAGGUGGGGUAGAUGAUGUUGAUGUCGCUUUGGCGGCGGCUAUAAAUCGGCCUACAGGCUCAAAGGUAGCGGUCACGAGUGGGGUGUCGCCGUUAUUGCCGGUCAAGAAUAUGGUGCUUAGGGAAUUGUUGACGAUAUUGGAUGAUCCGAAGAGAGAUGUUAGGAAGGCUGCUGUUGAUGCGAGGGCGGCGUGGUUGAGGGGCGUUGAAGAUCAGAAAGAAGAAGAUGAUGAGUGA